UAAGAGAAAGUUGAAAUCACGUGUCUCACUGUAGAAACUUUGACAAGUUGGUCGACAUAAGUCUUGUUUUCCCGCUAUCGAAAACCUUGAAUGUCAUUCUCUUGUGUCUUCUUCUUCUGUUAAUAACGAACUCAGAAACUAUCCAUUAAUCGAAGUCUUUUCUAUCAGCGUCAAUAUAAAAACACUCCCAAAACAUGGAAAUCGUGCAGAAAAUCAUGUCGGGGUUUAGUCUGGAUUUGGGACCAGUGAAAGAGCCACUGGGAUUUAUCCGAAUCCUGGAAUGGGUCUUCGCCAUUUGUGCCUUUGCCACCACUGGUGGUUACGUUGGAUCCACUCAGUUCACUCUUAAUUGUGGGAGUAAAAAAGACAACGUUACUGCUAAUUUUGGAUAUCCUUUUAGGCUUCCGAGUCAGCCAUAUGAGAUUCCUCACUGCAAUCACAGCAAGAACAUGACUUACCUGCAGGGAGAUUUCUCCUCCUCGGCUGAGUUCUUCGUCUGUGUGGGCGUCAUGGGCUUUCUGUACUGUACUUUCACCAUCAUCCUGUACUUGGGCUACCAGCAGGUUUACAGGGAGUCUAACCGUGGCCCCACAAUUGAUCUGAUUGUUACUGGGAUCUUUGCUUUCUUGUGGCUGGUUUGCUCCUCAGCCUGGGGAAAGGGUUUAACAGAUGUCAAAUAUGCUACGAAUCCUGACAGGCUAAUAAUAGCAUGUCUGCCUGAAGAUCACUGUGUGGUGAAGACCUACCCUUCAAUGGGUCAUCUCAACUCCUCCGUGCUCUUUGGAUUCCUAAACCUGAUAUUGUGGGCAGGAAACUGCUGGUUCAUCUACAAGGAGACUCCAUUUCAUAAGCCGGCCAAUCCACCGCCCAACGUCGAGGCGGGAGUUUCCACCUCCUAAUUCGACAAGACGGGCUCCUUCCUCUCCUCUCCAUUUGUUCAUAAAGCAGAGGACAUCACCAUUUGUUCAUGCCGACACAUGUUGAAAAGAAACUACACUUUGAUAUGCAAAAGCUUCAUUUCUAGCAUCAUGCAUUGCAGUUCACUACAUUAUAAAUGCUCUAAGCUGAAUUCUUUAUGAAUAUUUGUUUUUUUUUAUUUUAGUGUCUGUUCAAUGGCACUGUCAGAAGCUAAUUUUGUCAAGCAGGUAAAAAAGAAACCAAAUUUUAUUAGACCAGUAGCAUUUCAAUUACAACUUAGAAGUAAAACUGUUCUAGGUUAUUGAUGUUUUUCAUUAUUAUUAAUUUGUCUAAUUUGAUAUGAAGAUGACCUGCAUUUCAGUAACUCUAAAUGUCCAUUACAAUCAGACCUCAUGAGAAACGAACAUUGCAGUUGAAAUGUCUCUGAGCACUUAAAACACUAGCACACUAAUAUCUAGCUCUAGACAUGUAAAACUUGUCGAUCCUUGUAGUUUUUAAUAACUAUUUAUUGGUUUAAGUGCCUUGUUCUUCAUAGGAUGUUUUUCCACAGCCACGUCUGAGUCAUCUUACAUUUUUCAAACGGAAAAAUUUGUCUUAGUUUCCGCCCUAAAGCCUCUGAUAUUUCGUCUGUAACCUUUAUUUUAAAUGUUUGUGUGAAUUCUCUUUGUUGACUCUUUUUGAAGUGGUAUUUGGUAAUAAAUUACUAUGCCAAAGGCCAUAUUUCAUUUGCUAUCGGGAAAAAAUGUUAACUAUUCAACACUAGACAUUGUUCAACAGAAGGAAACACUUGUUUGAUAGUUUUUCUACUGUUUAGAGUAGUAAUGAUGUCAUUAUUUGUAUUUGGCUGUUAUUUGACUUGACACUGUAAAUGAAGCGUCUGUAUCACAUGGGUUGAUGUUUAUAUUUACAGAAAGAACAUUUAAUUUUGUGCAUCUGUGGCAUGCUUUACCAUCGUAUUUUUACAGCAAGAAAUGUUUGAGGGGGAUUGCAUUUAGUUAAAUCUUAAAAAAAUAGAAUGAUUGUUCAUUAACCGUGAUCGUCUGUGUGCAGUUUAUG